AAGAAGAAGAGGAACUCAGAAGGAAGCAGGGAACUGCGCAUCGCACAGGGAUAGUGGUGAUUUCGUCUUCAAGUAGUUCACAUUGUCUCUGUGUUCAAGAACUCAAGGAGUUCGAGCAACUAUUUAUGUUAGGCCAUUAUGGCUUCCGUGGAUUUGUUGGAAAAUAUAUGCAUGUUUUCCGUAUAUAUUGUCGUGGGCCUUUCAAAUAUUGGAAUAGAUCUGGUAAAGGACUGCAUUCCCUUCAUAAGUUUAAGUGUAAGAAAUUUGUUCAACUGGUCAAGGGAAAGAGGGCAGGGAAAUCUGUCAAAUCUAGAGACAGUGCAGAAGAUAAAAACCCAACGGUUUAUAUGAGAGACACCAUUAGAAAUAUAUCCAAAAUAUUAAGGUAUUCAACAUGGGAUUAUGCUCAGGAACAGCUUGAAAAUCUCACUAUAAGGUGGGAUUCUUACACAAUAAACCAAGUUCUAAAAACACAUCCACCAAUGGAGAAGGCUUGGCUGUUUUUCAAUUGGGCUUCUCGUCUAAAAGGCUUUAAGCAUGAUCAGUAUACUUACACAACAAUGCUGGACAUCUUUGGAGAAGCUGGGAGGAUUUCAUCAAUGAAGUUUGUCUUUCAGCAGAUGCAAGAAAAAGGUAUAAAGAAAGAUGCAGUUACAUACACUUCACUUUUGCAUUGGCUUUCUAAAGAUGGGGAUGUUAAUGGGUCAUUGAGGAUGUGGGAGGAGAUGAAAGCUGCAGGCUGUCGUCCCACAGUUGUUUCUUAUACUGCCUUGAUGAAGGUUCUUUUUGAUAAUAACAGACCAAAGGAGGCCACUGAUAUUUACAAGGAAAUGCUGCAGUCAGGGUGUUCACCGAAUUGUUACACUUAUACAGUCUUAAUGGAGUAUCUUGCUGGAAUUGGAAAAUUCAAAGCAGCUCUUGAAAUUUUGAGCAAAAUGGAAGAAGCUGGGGUGCAACCUGAUAAAGCUACAUGCAAUAUUUUAGUCCAAAAAUGUUCCAUUGCUGGGGAGACACGGGCAAUGGCUCAAAUCCUUCUUUAUAUGAAAGAGAAUUGCAUUGUCCUCCAUCGUGCCGCCUAUUUGGAGGCACUUAAAACUCUGGAAAAUGCUGGUGUGGCUACUGAUCUCCUGAGGGAAGUUAAUCCACACCUCUCCUUUGUAAGAACUAAUAAGGAAGAGAUAUUUGAGUUGGAAGCAACUGUGGUUGAUGUAAAUUCAUUUAUUGAUACAGGCCUUGCCAUAAAUCUCUUGGCCAAGCAAAACUUUGUUGCUGUUGAGUACUUACUUAAUGAGAUUAUCUGUAAGAAUAUCCAAUUUGAUUCUAUGGUUGUUUCUACCAUAAUACAGGCGAGUUGUGCCAAUUGUAAGCCAACUUGUGCUUUGUUGGCCUUCAGAUACAGUUUAAAGAUGGGGUUAGAAGUUGAGAGAGCUGCAUACCUGGCUCUGAUAGGCCUCUUUAUCAGAACAAAGUCAUUUCUGAAUGCUAUGGAGAUUGUUGAACAAUUGAUUGGUGUCGGAGUUUUUACCGGAACAUAUUUGGUUUCACUAUUGGUAAGCCAGUUUGGCUCUGCUAAAAUGUCUGCGGCUGCUGCAAAGAUUUUCCAUUCAUGGCCUGAUGAACAGAAUCUAGUUACUUACACUGCUUUAAUGCGAGCAUACUUUAGUUGUGGGGAUGUUAAUAAGGGAAUUGAAAUAUAUGAGACUAUGAAAAAUAAAGGGAUCUGUGCCUCAUUAGGGACAUACAAUGUGUUGGUAGUUGGUCUUGAGGAAUCUGGCAGAGUUCAAGAAGCUGAAACUUACAGAAAAGCCAUGAAGAAGAUACGACAUGAUGGCCAUUCACAAAAUAAGUUUCCAAUGGAGGCAAGCCUUUGUGACCUUUUGUUUGGUAGGGGUGUGGUCUUCUGACUUGGCUGUUAUAGGACCAUCAUAAUGUCCAAGUUGGGUUCAUGUGCCUUAUCAUCUACGUGCUUCAAGGACUUAAUGGUACUUUUGAGUGUGGACAACUGGAAAUGUAUUGCUUUUUCUCUCGUUUGAAAUCUGCGUGAUGAACUUGAAGUAAGUUUAGCCAGGAGGAUUCAUUUGGUCAAGUAUGCUAAACUUGUGAAUUUAUCAUACCCUUGGUACUCUCAAUCACAGAAAUGAAUCUGGAAGUGACAUGGUAGUGGCAAAAUACAGGUAGUCUAAGGUUGAACUCAGUGGGGAAUAGCCAAAUGGGAAAGUUAUACUAGCGGGGGUGCAAAUGGAGUGACUACAAGAAUCACUGCUAGUGGCCUACGGCCUACCACAGGAAUGGAUAUUGUAAAAGAAUGAAAAGCCUAAACAGGAGGCCUUUGAACCCCUCCAAGAGAAUUUUCAUUUUCUUCCUAUUUCUGAUACUUGAUGAGGAAGAGCUGUUUAAGAAGGUUUUCCCUUGUGUUUGAGUGCUGAAG